AUGUCGCGUCCGCACCAACAUCACCACUGCCACCAUCGCCGUUACUACCACCACUGCCCCAUCACCGUGACCACCGCCGCCAUCCCGUCCGCCAUCCUCACCCACAUCGCUGUGGCCAUCCCACCACCCGCUGUGGCCAUCGCCUUCUCACUUGUCACCAACAUCAUGAUCGUCUCUGUCACCACUUCUAUUUUACCCAACUCCCGUCUGACACGCGGUCUGAGGAGCUCAAAGCCUGAGCGGGAGGCGAGCUCACAGAUCUUCUCUCUGACUGUCUCGCAGCACAAAGCCCGGCUGGAACGCCGGAUCGUUGGCGCCACCAACCGGUGGCGUUUCCCCAAAGAUCAUUUCUCCACGGACCUGCUUGCACUUUCCCAGAUAUGCACCACGUUGAACGUAGACUUCAAUGAAGCUCUGAAGGACCCAGACAGGUUAUGCAUUUCAAAAAUCCAGAAGCUUUUCUCUGAGAGUUUCCAGAACGAUGACAUCCAAAGUGGGCCGGCAGACGUGACUCUCGAGUGCCUAGGCUUCAAGUGGGAGCUCCAUCAUCCCCAGAUAUUUCAGUCUGAGACCUUGGCCAGACUUUACUUGACAGCCCUGAUGCAUGACACAAAAAGCCCCUCAAGAGAGCUGAAGAAGAUUCUGAAAGCUCAGCCAUCUGGGACGACCGAAGAAAAGUCCCCCCUGAAGAAGAUAUUCAUUUCCUUGAAGAUCAAUGAUCCGGCUGUCACCAAAGUUGCUUUUGCCCUGGCCUUGAAGAACCUCUACAUGACCGACGUGGAGAUGAACGUAGACAACGUGCUGGGGGUGAUGGCUUCUGCUCACAUCCUCCAGUUCGACAGCUUGUUUCAAAGGUGUGUAAACAUGAUGAUGUGCAGGCUCACACCAAGCACAAUCAAGAACUUCUACCUGGCCGGCUGCAAGUACAAGGAAGAACAGCUCAUCAUGGCCUGUGAGAAGUGGCUGGCGAUGAACUUGGUCCCGCUGGUGGGGACCCAGAUCUACCUCCGGAACAUCCCUCAGCAUCUGCUGCAAAAGGUGCUGAGCUCCCCCAGGUUGUUCACCUUCAGCGAGUUUCAUCUUGUGAAAACCUUACUGACGUGGGUCUACUUGCAACUAAACUGCAAUAUCCAGACAACUCCAACUCAUGAGACGGUGCUGGUCUAUUUCAGCAGCUUUAGCAAGAAGUGCUGCUUUCUGGAGCGGGAAGAAGGGCAGAGCUGGAUGCCGCUCUUCCUCCGCUUGCGGCUGCAUGGCAUCACCAGUGGCAAGGAACUGGAAGAGCUGAGGCACAUUAACUUCUUCCCUGAGUCCUGGCUGAUCCGAGUGACAGCCAGCCACUACCACAUACUGGAGAGCGGGGGCAACAUGCUCCACAUGACAGAUCUGUCCACCCAGGCUAUGAGGUUUGGGCUGCUGUUUAGACAGGAAUACAACAGUUAUUCAGAAAAAAUUGCUAUAUAUGGAUACUUUUUUGAGAUGAAGGGACUCAAACUCGAUGCUACCACGUACAGUUUCUUCAUGCAGAGAAUAAAACACACGGACUUGGAGUGCACUUCCAACGCGUGUGAGCACAGCACCACCAGCCUGCGGACAGACCGCCUGGUGAAGUACGAGGUCAGAGCCCAGACGCUGGUGGACGGCCAGUGGCAGGAGUUCAGGACAAACCAGAUCAUGCAGAAAUUUGGGUUGGCCAAGCCCAGCUGCAAAAGCCACGCCUUGAAAGUCCGGACCACGGGCAUCCCGAUCCAUGCGAGUUUUACAUUCCUUUUCCCAGUAUCUUGA